AUGGUAAAAUCAAGAAAGAAAAAAAUAACCGGAAAGUUUACUAAUGCUGAGAACUUAAAAGAUAUGUUUUUUAUGAACGCUGAGAACCGAAGGAAAGCGGGUGAUAAAGCCUAUGAGGACUGUGAAAGUUUAGCACAGUUUUUUAACAGUAUUAAUAGUAUAGCCGAUGAUGUUGGAGAAAUAAAACUUUCUGCUAACGAGCAAAUAUUUAACCAAAGAAAACAAUUAUUGAUCAAUAAAAUUCAAGAUUGUAUUAACAAAUGUCAAGCAUCUGAUUCUUACUCAAUAGCUAGUGUUUGUUGUAUUCAAAAACUAGAACCUAAACACCAAAAAGAACUUUUAGAUUUAGAAAGUCAAGCCCGGACUGCCGAAAGUGCUUAUAAAGAAAAUUUGCAAAAGGCUAAUAGUGAGACUGAUCCUACUAAAAAAGCAGAAUUUAUUGUUUUAGCCAAUAAAGCAUCUCAAAACGCCGAAAGGAUCAAACAAAAGAUAAAAACUAAUCCUUUAAUGGAAGUAGGUAAUUUUAGUUAUUUAGAUGACUUAAAGAAAUUAACUAAAGGUAAUGUUCCUCGGCAAACUUCUUCUAGUUCUAGAAAUCCAAGAAAUACUAAUUCAAAUAAUUCUAACAAUUCUCAGCAAUUAGUUAAUCAACAGCAAAUUUACCUUUUUGCUGAAAUUAAACAAAAACUCGGUGAAACUACUGAGCAAUUAGAAAACAAAGUAAAAGAAUUUAGUCCUUAUUACACUAAUUUAGAACCUUACCAAAGAGGCUUAAUUUUAAUUGCUCUAACUCAAUCAGUGAAAAAGACUGAUAAAAAGAAACUUCAAAAACAAGUUUUGUUAAUGGUUUUGCUAGUUGGGUUAGGAUAUUAUUUUUUUAUUUAUUUACCGGAAGAAGAAAAGAAAAGCAAAAAGCAACAAAAUACGGAUGAUCGAACCGAAGAAGAAUUAAAAAUCGAACAAGAAGAAAAUGCUUGA